GUCAUUGCCGACAGGCCCCUAUUUUGCUCGUCUCUUUUUCCUUAAUGAUGGCUGAUAGCAAUUCCAUAACUAUCGUACCUUCCUCGUACGACACAAUUUCUAAGUCUGCGCCAUCAGCAGAUUCCAUCCAAUGCAGACCACCAUCUGUAUUUUCCUUCCGGCAGAAACGGAAAGAUGUUCUAUCUCGCAUCCACGAUAUUGUCUUCACUCCCGGUUUCCGCUCUUCCUGUGUUGCACAGGAUGUGAACUUCUGCGCUGCUGCUCUCGCAGCUGCAGAGUUCUCCAACCUCUUGCAAACACGCAAUAUUGAGGGUCACACAGCGCUGUAUUGGGCAAUUGUGAAUAGACGGCCAGACGCCUUGUCGGCUCUUGCUGGAUUCAUUUCCCAAUUUUCGUCUGUUUGCACUUCUGACUUGCGUUUCGCUAUCAAUUCACCCAAGGACGAGAUUUUGAGACGCUCUUUGGGUUGUCUGCCAGAUGAGAUUUGGGUGCAUGAACGAUAUGAACGGUACAACACCAAGUCUGUUGCUUGCAUUCACAUCAGAGAGUUUCAGAAACGCCUGCGUAUUACACAGAAUGACGUAUAUGGUGGUUCCGCACUCGUAUGGGGCAUCAAAGAAGGUGGCAUCUCGUGCUCGGUCUUUCGCAGUAAAGCUCUCCGGCACAACUACACUUUGAUUUUGUGGUGGAAACUCACGAAAGGAAAUCUAGAUGUGCAACCCUACGUCAAGAUCUGAGGGCCUGGUCUGAGUAUGUUUGAAUUAACUCGAAGCCAAGAUGAUUUAAGCAACCCUUGUCUGCUCCAUCAUUGGCUAUGCAGAGUGUUGCUUUAGCAAUACCAAAUAUGUGGACUGCGAUGGCACCCUCCAUGCAAGGGUGGAGAUAAAAUCGUGUGUCAAGUUGGAAUCCCGUCAGCGUCGACGGGAAACGGGACCACGCUCCGUG